GUUAGUGUGUGCAUUGGCCGGGCGGGGGGGAGGAGGGGAAUCUCCCGCCAUUUUUCAAUAAUUUCCUCCGGUGCAGCUGAGGAGGAGUCGUGACUGCCGACCGCGGGGACCCGCAGCGAAGGUUGGGCCGGAGGCUGCCGGGCGGCGCGGCGGUGUGCGUGGGAGUUCCGUGUCCUCGCGUCCCGUUGCAUGGCCCUCGCGCGGCCGCGCCAGCACUGAGGGAGCCGAGUUCGCGCCGCCCUCUCACCCCUCCCCUCCCCCACCCCACCCCCGGGAACCAGGCGCUCGCUCCGGGCCGCGGGGCCUAGUGCUGCGCCGCGGGCUCGCCGAGGAGCCGCCGCCUUCCGGGCCGCCGCCGCCGCCGCCGCUGCAGCCGCGAUGGCGCCGCUCCUGGGCCGCAAGCCCUUUCCGCUGGUGAAGCCGCUUCCCGGCGAGGAGCCGCUCUUCACCAUCGCGCACACUCAGGAGGCCUUCCGCACCCGGGAAGAGUAUGAGGCCCGCCUGGAAAGGUACAGUGAGCGCAUUUGGACGUGUAAGAGUACCGGGAGCAGUCAGCUGACACACAAGGAGGCCUGGGAGGAGGAACAGGAAGUUGCUGAACUUUUGAAGGAGGAGUUCCCGGCCUGGUACGAGAAACUUGUUCUGGAAAUGGUUCACCAUAACACAGCCUCUUUAGAGAAAUUAGUAGAUACUGCUUGGUUGGAGAUCAUGACAAAAUACGCUGUGGGAGAAGAGUGUGAUUUUGAGGUUGGGAAGGAAAAAAUGCUCAAGGUGAGGAUUGUGAAGAUUCAUCCUUUGGAAAAAGUAGAUGAAGAGGCCGCUGAGAAGAAAUCGGAUGGUUCCUGUGACUCUCCCUCCAGCGACAAAGAGAACUCGGGUCAGAUUCCUCAGGAUCAUCAGAAGAAGGAAGCGAUCGUAAAAGAGGAAGAAGGAAGGAGAGAGAGUAUUAAUGACAGAGCACGUAGAUCUCCACGAAAACUCCCUACUUCAUUAAAAAAAGGAGAAAGGAAAUGGGCUCCACCAAAAUUUCUGCCUCACAAAUACGAUGUGAAAUUACAAAAUGAAGAUAAGAUCAUCAGUAAUGUGCCAGCAGACAGCUUGAUUCGUACAGAACGCCCGCCAAAUAAGGAGAUACUUCGAUACUUUAUACGGCAUAACGCGUUACGGGCCGGUACUGGUGAAAAUGCACCGUGGGUGGUAGAAGACGAGUUGGUGAAAAAAUACUCCCUCCCUAGCAAGUUCAGUGACUUUUUACUUGAUCCAUACAAGUACAUGACUCUCAACCCUUCUACUAAGAGGAAGAAUACUGGAUCCCCAGACAGGAAGCCCUCAAAAAAAUCCAAGACAGACAACUCUUCUCUGAGUUCACCACUAAAUCCCAAGUUAUGGUGUCACGUACACUUGAAGAAAUCCUUGAAUGGUUCGCCACUCAAAGUGAAGAACUCCAAAAAUUCCAGAUCUCCAGAAGAACAUUUGGAAGAAGUAAUGAAGAUGAUGUCACCCGCCAAGCUCCACAGUAACUUUCACAUUCCUAAGAAGGGCCCUCCUGCCAAGAAAUCGGGGAAGCACAGCGAUAAACCUUUGAAAGCAAAGGGCAGAAGCAAAGGCAUCCUUAAUGGACAGAAAUCUACAGGUAAUUCCAAGUCUCCCAAAAAGGGCUUGAAGACUCCUAAAACCAAAAUGAAGCAGAUGACUCUGUUGGAUAUGGCCAAAGGCACUCAGAAGAUGACACGAGCCCCACGGAACUCUGGGGGUACAGCCAGGUCCUCUAGUAAACCCCACAAACAUCUGCCUCCCGCUGCCCUACACCUUAUUGCCUACUACAAAGAAAACAAAGACAGGGAGGACAAGAAGAGUGCCCUGUCCUGCGUCAUCUCCAAAACUGCUCGCCUUCUCUCCAGCGAAGAUCGAGCCCGUCUCCCAGAAGAGCUGCGAAGUCUUGUUCAAAAACGCUUUGAGCUUCUCGAGCACAAAAAGCGGUGGGCCUCGAUGUCUGAAGAGCAGCGGAAAGAAUAUUUGAAAAAGAAACGAGAGGAGCUGAAAGAAAAGUUGAAGGAGAAAGCCAAGGAGCGGAGAGAGAAGGAAAUGCUUGAGAAGCUAGAAAAACAGAAGAGGUACGAGGACCAGGAGUUACCGGGCAAAAGCCUUCCAGCAUUUCGACUGGUGGACACCCCUGAAGGGCUGCCCAACACGCUCUUCGGGGAUGUGGCCAUGGUGGUGGAGUUCUUGAGCUGUUACUCGGGGCUGCUCUUACCGGAUGCCCAGUACCCUAUUACUGCUGUGUCCCUCAUGGAGGCCUUGAGUGCAGAAAAAGGCGGCUUUUUAUACCUCAAUAGGGUGUUGGUCAUCCUCUUACAGACCUUAUUACAGGACGAAAUAGCAGAAGACUACGGUGAACUGGGAAUGAAGCUGUCGGAGAUCCCGCUGACUCUGCAUUCUGUUUCAGAGCUGGUGCGGCUCUGCCUGCGCAGGUCUGACGUUCAGGAGGAAAGCGAGGGCUCCGACGCAGAUGACAAUAAGGAUUCGGCGCCGUUUGAGGACAAUGAGGUACAAGAUGAGUUCCUAGAGAAGCUGGAGACCUCGGAGUUUUUUGAAUUAACGUCAGAGGAGAAGCUGCAAAUCUUGACCGCGCUCUGCCACCGCAUCCUCAUGACGUACUCGGUGCAGGACCACAUGGAGACCAGACAGCAGAUGUCGGCGGAGCUGUGGAAGGAGCGGCUUGCUGUCCUGAAGGAAGAGAAUGAUAAGAAGAGAGCAGAGAAACAGAAAAGGAAAGAAAUGGAAGCCAGAAACAAGGAAAACGGGAAAGAGGAGAAUGGGCUAGGCAAACCGGAUAGGAAGAAAGAGGUGGUGAAGUUUGAGCCCCACGUGGACCUGGGAGCCGAAGACAUGAUCAGCGCCGUGAAGAGCCGGCGGCUGCUCGCCAUCCAGGCCAAGAAGGAGCGUGAGAUCCAGGAGAGAGAGCUGAAAGUGAAACUAGAACGCGAAGCUGAAGAAGAACGAAUACGAAGGCACAAGGCAGCUGCUGAGAAGGCUUUCCAGGAGGGAAUUGCCAAGGCAAAGCUAGUCAUGCGUAGGACUCCUAUUGGUACAGAUCGAAACCAUAACAGGUACUGGCUCUUCUCAGAUGAAGUUCCGGGAUUGUUCAUUGAAAAAGGCUGGGUGCAUGACAGCAUCGACUAUCGAUUCAGUCACCGCAAAGACCGUGCGGACCCUGCUGAUGAAGAUUACUGUCCCCGGAGUAAGAAAGCAAACCUAGGCAAAAAUGCAAGCAUGAGCACACAUCCUGGACCAGCGGCAGAAGUGGCUGUAGAGACCACCGUACCCAAGCAAGGCCAGAAUCUAUGGUUUUUAUGUGAUAGUCAGAAGGAACUGGAUGAGUUGCUAAAUUGCCUUCACCCUCAGGGAAUAAGAGAAAGUCAACUUAAAGAGAGACUCGAGAAGAGGUACCAGGACAUCAUUCAUUCUAUUCAUCUGGCCCGGAAGCCGAAUUUGGGUCUAAAAUCCUGUGAUGGCAACCAGGAGCUUUUAAACUUUCUUCGUAGUGAUCUCAUUGAAGUUGCAACUAGGUUACAAAAGGGGGGACUUGGUUAUGUGGAAGAAACAUCGGAAUUUGAAGCCCGGGUGAUCUCGUUAGAGAAACUGAAGGAUUUUGGUGAGUGUGUGAUUGCCCUACAAGCCAGCGUCAUAAAGAAGUUUCUCCAAGGCUUCAUGGCUCCCAAGCAGAAGAGGAGAAAGCUCCAAAGUGAAGAUUCAGCAAAGAUGGAGGAGGUGGACGAAGAGAAGAAGCUGGCGGAGGAGGCGGAGGUCGCAUCUGCUCUGGAAAAGUGGAAGACGGCGAUCCGUGAGGCUCAGACUUUCUCCCGGAUGCACGUGCUGCUUGGGAUGCUGGACGCCUGCAUUAAGUGGGACAUGUCCGCAGAGAAUGCUCGAUGCAAAGUUUGUCGAAAGAAAGGUGAGGACGACAAGCUGAUCUUGUGCGAUGAAUGUAAUAAAGCCUUCCACCUGUUCUGUCUGAGGCCUGCCCUCUACGAGGUCCCAGACGGCGAGUGGCAGUGCCCUGCUUGCCAGCCUGCGACCGCCAGGCGCAACUCCCGCGGCAGGAAUUACACGGAAGAGUCCGCCUCUGAGGACAGCGAAGAUGAGGACGGCGCUGACGAGGAGGAGGAGGAGGAGGAAGAGGAGGAGGCGGACUACGAGGUGGCCGGGCUGCGAUUGAGACCUCGGAAGACGGCCCGGGCCAAGCAGGGCGGCCUCCCCGCGGCGGCGAGGCCGGGGCGCCGGCCGGGUAAGAAGCCACAUCCCGCCAGGAAGUCUCGGCCGAAGGCGCCGCCUGUGGACGACGCGGAGGUCGAGGAGCUGGUCCUUCAGACCAAGCGGAGCUCCCGGAGGCAGAGCCUCGAGCUGCAGAAGUGUGAGGAGAUCCUCCACAAGAUCGUCAAGUACCGCUUCAGCUGGCCCUUCAGGGAGCCCGUGACCAGAGACGAGGCUGAGGAUUACUACGACGUCGUCACUCACCCCAUGGACUUCCAGACAAUGCAGAACAAGUGUUCCUGUGGGAGCUACCGCUCCGUGCAGGAGUUUCUCGCCGACAUGAAGCAAGUGUUUGCCAAUGCCGAGCUUUACAACUGCCGAGGCAGCCACGUGCUGACCUGCAUGGUGAAGACCGAGCAGUGUCUGGUGGCUCUGCUGCAUAAACACCUGCCCGGCCAUCCGUACGUCCGCAGGAAACGCAAGAAGUUUCCCGAUCGGCUUGCUGAAGAUGAAGGGGACAGUGAGUCCGAGCCCAUUGGACAGUCCAGGGGACGAAGGCAGAAGAAAUAGAGGCGGGGCCCUGGUGACGGUAGCCGUGAGUGCCAUUCCGCAUUCGGUGUUCACCAGCAUCAGGAGACACUCGUGCUCUCUGAGUUGUUGCUUUUGGCAGAGUAAAGGGACAUGUCCUGGAGCCAUUCCUGAAUACCCCUCCCCUUCUUUGUGACGGCUCUCGCCCCUCUCCCGCCCCACCUCACCCCUACAAAAUCAAAAACAACAAAAAACUGAAAAAAAAAACUAAAAAACCCACAAAGAACCUAAGGCACUUCAUGUAGAGACUGGAGCCCUGCUUCUCAUCGUGCACGUGACCUUCACCUGGAUGGAUCUGGCCAGAGGGGUGUUGGAGCCCAGCCCACCCACAUACCAGACACAAGCUCUUAGGGGAGCAGAAGAAAAGCAGGAAGAAUUUAAAUGUUUAAUUUUUUUUUAAUUGACUUUUCUAGUUACCGAAAGUUGCUUGUUUCAGCAGUGAUAUUGUAUAAAGAACAUCUUGUAAAAUACUCCUGUCAUCUUGCUUUGGCACAUGUACAGUACAGUUUAUACGAUAACGUGUUUGCUUUACUUCGCCCGGCUCCUCCCUCAGCCCGUCCUCCGCGGGGCAAGCGGCGGGACCCGGCGGGGCGGGGACGUCCCUCUGCCUGCCCUGGCAGCCAUUUCUGCCUCCUCCAUCUCCAGCCGCCUCCUCCCUCCUCCCGAGCCUGUUCUGAGCCUGUUCUGGACUCGGAUGCGGAUGCAGAUGUGGAGCUCCCCGAUCGAGAAACUGAAUCUGGCAGGGUCCGGGGCCCUCCGGGGCGGGGGGGGGGGGCGGGGGGGAGGCUCCGCCCGGCCCCUCCCGCUGGCGCCAGUCCUUCUAGUGAGGCGGGACUUCGUGGUCUUUCCCUUUUAUGGCAGAUUUUGAUAAAAAUGCAAAACAGGGUUUAAUUUUCUUUUCUAUCAGCUUUGAAUUUAGAAAAUGUGAGCACCUCAGCUCCUCUGUACCUAUUUAAGUUAAGGGAAAAGCUGUCCACCAAGGGGACUGCAGCUCCGAGAACUUGAGAAUGAAGCCUCUUAAUACAGAACUUCAAGGUGUGGUCCCUGCCUCACCCCGCCUGCCCUGCCUGGAGGCUGGGGGUCUGCUCCAGUGGCUGCUGGAUGGGGUUCCGGCCCCUGCUCCCACAGGCUCGGGCUUAGCACUGAUGCUCCAGUUCCAUUAUCCCAGCCGCCGGCACCGCGCGCCGCCUCUGACCCCAGAGCCGGUCUGUUCUUGUUCGCAGUGAGACUCCCGUGUUCCCACUUCAGUGACACCUGAACUGUUUGUGGUUGGUUUUUUUUUUUUUUUUUUCUAAUUGUCUUUAGGGAGGAAGGGCCCCAUUAAAGGGUAAACUUGUAAUAAAUUGGAAUUUCAAAUAAACAUUAUGUACUUGUGUUUAUAAAGAAGAAA